UUCUUCAUCAGAUCAUCACUUUUUUAACACUUUUUUUUUCACAAAUAUCAACAAACAAACAGCAUCAAAUUGGUGCUGGGGUAAUGAUGACAAGAAAUAUAAAUUUCAAAUCCAUCAUCACUAUCAAUGAUGAUGAUGAUGAUUAUCAUCAUAAACAACCAAAACAUUUUGAUCGUUGGCGUAGAAAAUUUAAGAAAAAUUCUGAAUCAAUUGCCAAAAUCAAUAAAAUGACAGCAACUACUACUGAUAAUCAAGAUAUUUUAGUAAUUAAUUCUGUGAUAAUUAACGAUUCUUUUACAAAUGAUGAUGAUUAUCAUCAAACAACAAAUAUGAAAAAACAACAGCAACAACAUGAUGAUGACAAAUUUUUCAAAAAUGGUGAUAAUAUUGAUGAUCUCUAUGAUUAUGAUGAUGAUAGUGAGAUCAAAAUACAAAGGCCUAAUUACAGCAACAAUGGUGAUCAAUAUUGUUGUCUUCGUAAAAGAUUUUAUCAUAGUCGUUCAUCAUCAUUAUCAUUAUUAACAUCUUCAAAAUCUUCAUCAUCAAUGAUCUUUAUGAUGAUGAUAAUAUCAUCAAUAAUAUUAAUGAUGGUAACAAUUGGUUAUUGUCGUCAUUAUAUAGCACCAGGUCCAUGUACAUGGACACAUAUUAUGUCCAAUAAUCAACAACAACAAUUAGUUCGUGAUAAUCGUUUCAAGUCAUCAUCAUCAUCGUUACCAUUACCAUCAUCAUUAACAACAUCGACAACAAAUGAGCUGAGUCAUAAUAAUCAUCAUCAUCACCAUUCAUCAUCUGAUACAUUAUCAUCAUCCGCAUCAUCAACAAAUGAUUUUGAUGUAUCAUUACGUUGUUCAAUACCAAUAUUAACGCCUUAUACAUUAAAUAUAUCACUUAUUGAUCCAAUACAUACAAUACGUUUAUUGAUACAAUGUUUUGGUACAAAUAAUAAUGAUAAUGAUAAUUUUGGUGGUGGUAGUUUUGAUGGUAAUUAUCAUCAUCAUCAUCAUCAAACAUUAUUUCAAUUUGAUGAUCAUCAACAUUCAUCGACAACAAUCAAUAAUAGACAAUCAUCAUAUCAACGUUCAACAUUACGUAAUAACAAUGGUAUUGGUAUUGGUAGCCAACAACAAUCAAUCAAUCAACCAUUUGAACAUUUACAUUCAUUACAAUCAUUACAAAUUGAUGAUUGUUUAUUUGAUCGUAUACCAUCCGAUAUAUUUCGUGGCUUAUUAUCAUUAAAAAAUUUAACAAUACGUCGUUCAUCAACAAAUAUUAUUCAGAAAAAUGAUAAUAAUGGUGAUCAAUCAACAUUGAACAUUGAUGAUGAUCUUAUUAUUGAACAAUAUUCAUUUCGUCAUAUUGAAUCAACUGUUGAACAUUUAGAUUUAAGUAAAAAUGGUAUUAAAUCAUUACCAAAUGAUUUAUUUUGUCCAUUUUUAACAUUACAUACAUUAAAUUUAUCAAAUAAUUUUCUAAAUAAUUUGGUUAGUUUUGGUCUUAUUGAUCCGGCAACUGGUCGUCUUUGUUUACAAGAAUUAUAUCAUUUAGAUUUAUCAAAUAAUCAUUUAGAAUUUGUACCUGAAACAAGUGGUGUUGCUGCAUUGAAAAAUUUACAAUAUUUAAAUCUUUCAUCCAAUCAUAUAACCGAAAUUACUGAAUUAGCAUUUUCAGCAUUACGACGUUUACAUGUACUUGAUUUAUCCGGGAAUCGUUUACGUACAUUACCUGGUCGUAUGUUUCGUGAUUCGGAUGAACUACGUGAAUUACAUUUGGCUAAUAAUGGUCUUAUUGAAUUACCUGUUGGCCUAUUUCAAGGUUUAUCUAAAUUACAAAUAUUAAAUAUUGCCGAUAAUCAAAUAACAUCCGAUACAUUAACACCGGAAACAUUUGCCGAUCUAAUACGUGUUAUAAAAUUAAAUUUAUCUGGUAAUAAUUUACAUCGUUUACCAGCAUCAAUAUUUCAAAAUCAAUAUUCAUUACAAAUAUUAUCAUUGGAAAAUAAUCAAUUGGAAAUUAUUGAUGAAGGUUCAUUUUCAACAUUAUAUAAUUUACAACAAUUAAUUUUAUCGGGUAAUCGUUUUCGUCAUCUACCGGAAUCAAUUUUAUCCGGAUUAUUUGUUUUACAACAUCUUUCAUUAUCAAAUAAUCAAUUAGAACAUAUACAUGAAGAUGCAUUUAAAAAUUGUAGCAAUUUACAGAAUCUGGAUUUAUCAUCAAAUCGUUUGACAACAAUUCCCAUGGCUAUUCGUUCAUUGAACAAAUUGUAUCAAUUAAAUUUAGGUGGAAAUAAAUUUACAACAUGGACCGAUUCAACAGCAUUGAUCAAUACAAAGAUUAAAAAAUUCGAUCUAAGUGAUAAUUAUUUAGUGAAUAUAUCACGUAAUGCAUUACGACCAUUAUCAAAAACAUUACAACAAUUAUAUUUGGGUGGUAAUCGUUUACGUUCAUUAGAUAAAGAUAUAUUUAUUGAUCUACAAAAAACAUUACGUUUAUUACGAUUAGAACGUAAUGAAUUUACUGAUAUAAUAUCAUCAACAUCGACAUCGACAUCAACAACAUUUCCAACAAUCAAACAAUUAGAUCGAUUACAAAUAUUUAAUAUUAGUUAUAAUAAAAUCAAACAUUUUGAUUAUUCAAUCAUACCGAACAAUUUGAUUAUAUUGGAUAUAUCGGGUAAUCGUUUGGAUAAAUUAUCCAAUCAAGAUUAUGAACAACAACAAUUACGUUUAGAACAAUUGAAUGUUAAUGAAAAUCAAUUGAAAGAAAUAACAGCAAUAUCGAUACCGAAUUCAAUACGAAUAUUAAAUAUACGACAAAAUCGUUUGGAAAAAAUUGAUCAAUUUGCAUUUGUUGCCAAACAUAAUAUAACAUUUGUUGAUUUACGUAAUAAUUCAUUACGUCGUAUUGAUAAUAAUGCAUUUCGUUUGGGUGUCCAGCGACCAACAACUGGUUAUUAUCAAUCAGCAGAUUAUCGAUCAGCAUUAUCAAUAUCAUCCAUUGAUUUGGAACAGAUAGAAGAUAAUGAUAAUGGAAAAAAUCUGCCCGCACCAAUAUUUUUAAUAUCUGGAAAUCCAUAUUUUUGUGAUUGUACAAUGGAAUGGCUGCAACGUGUUAAUCAAUUAGUUGGUGGUGUAACCGGUUCUGGUCAAAUAUCAACAUAUCCAAAAAUUGGUGAUCUUGAUCAUGUUGAAUGUGAAUUAGCAUUUUCUCGUCAAUCAUUAGCUAAUAAUCGAUCUAUUUCUACUUCUGCUGCGACUAUUUCGAAUGAAUCAACAACAGCAACUGCAAAAUCUAAAUCAUCAAAUAACCAUCGAAUACCAUUAUUAUUAGCAAAUUCAUCCAAUUUUCUAUGUCGUUAUCGUUCACAUUGUUUUGCAUUAUGUCAUUGUUGUGAAUUUGAUGCUUGUGAUUGUGAAAUGAUGUGUCCGGAAAAUUGUACCUGUUAUUAUGAUCAAACAUGGAAUACAAAUAUUGUUGAUUGUAGUGGUGGUCAUUAUCAACAAGUACCAUUACGUAUACCGAUGGAUGUUACAUCAUUAUAUUUGGAUGGUAAUCAUUUACAAAUAUUAAAUCCACAUACAUUUAUUGGACGUAAAAAUCUACGCAUAUUACAUUUAAAUCAUUCAUCAAUUGAACAAAUAUCGAAUCGUAGUUUUAAUGGUUUAGUUUAUUUAGAAGAAUUAUAUUUGGAAAAUAAUCUAUUAACAGCAUUAUAUGGUUAUGAAUUUGAAAGUUUACAUUAUCUGACCAUAUUGAAUUUGCAAAAUAAUCGUCUAUCAUUUAUAAAUGAUAAAACAUUUUAUCAAUUACGUUCAUUACAAUCAUUACGUAUUGAUCAUAAUCAUUUACAAACAUUUGGUCAAUGGUUUGCUAUUGAACCGACAUCAUUGACAAUUCAAUCAUCUGUCAAUCAAAAUCAUCAUAUUCUUCAUCAUAAUCAUCAUCAUCAUCAAAAUAUAUUAUCAUUACGUUUAGGUGAUAAUCCAUGGUCAUGUCAAUGUCAAUCAUUAUCAAUAAUGUAUGAAAUAUUAUGGCAAUUACGGCAACAUAUAUCGGUUAUUGAUUAUCAACAAAUACGUUGUCAACCAAAUGGUUCAACAUUAUUUGUUGGUGGUAGUUCGGCAAAUCAUUUAAUUGAUAAAUGUAAUCUGACCCGACAAUAUUAUCUAAUGUUAAAUACACCAACAUCGACGACAACAAACGGUGGGUUAUUGAAUCCAUUGAUCGAACAAUCAUCAUCAUCAUCAUCGCCGAUACAACAUCAAGAUUAUUAUCCAGCAACAGUAAGACCACCAACACCAGCACCAUCACCAUCAUUACAUCAAUCAACAUCAUCAUCAUCAUAUCCACAGAAUGCAAAUAAUUUUGAUUCAAUUUAUCAUCAUCAAUCAAGACCAAUAAACAAUAACAAUCAAAAUAAUAAUAAUAAUGAUGAUGAUGAUGAUAAUGAUCCUGAUCUUACUUAUCAACCAAUUGAUCUAUUAGGUGGUUUAAGACCAAAAUUAUUACCACCAUCACCCCCACAAUUACCACCAUCGAUACAAAAUCAAUCAUAUUGGCCAUCAGGUUCACAUUUUUCAAUACCAUCAUCAUCAUCAACGACGACAUCGAUGACAUUUAAUUCAUCAUCAUGGUUUUGGAUGAUAUUCAUACCAUCCAUUCUUCUGAUAUUAUCAAUGACAUUAUUUUUAACAAUACGUUUUAAACAAGAUAUACAAUUAUGGUUUUAUGGUCAUUAUGGUAUACGUUUAUUUGAAUCGGGAUUUUGUUUUGGUUCCAAUGAUAAUUCAUCAUCAAAUUCUGGUUCUGGAUCCGGAUCAAUUGGAUCUACAUCAAGAUCACGUAAACGUAAUGGUCGUAAUGGUAAUAAUGGUAGUGGUUUUAAUGAUAAUUAUGUUCGAGAUAGUGAAAAAUUAUUUGAUGCAUUUGUUAUUUAUGCUCGGCAAGAUGAAUCAUUUGUUGCUCAACAAUUAGCAGCUGAAUUAGAAUGUGGUUAUCCACCAUAUCGUUUAUGUUUACGUUAUCGUGAUUUACCUGCACCACCACCACCAACGACAACAGCAACAAAUUUAGAUUCAUUAACAACAACAUCAUCAUCAUCACCAAUAUCCAAUGGUAUAAUGUCAACAAAAGAUCAUGGUUAUGCAUUUGAUGCUGUUACACAAGCAAUUGAAUGUUCACGUCGUACAUUAGUUGUUAUAUCGGAACAAUUUUUACAAUCAGAAUGGUGUAAAUUUGAAUUAAAAGCAGCACAUCAAGAAACAUUGACCAGUUGUAAAACACAUCGAUUAAUUGUUGUUGUUGUACCGACACAGCAACAACAACAACAACAACAACCAUUAGUUAGUUCGCCAAUGACAUCUCCUACAUUAUCAACACAAAUUCAAAUGAAUAACAAUAACAAUAAUAAUACACCAGCUAAACAAGCCGAAUCAUUAUUACAACGUUUAGAUACGGAAACAAAAACUUGUAUACGUGGUGUAACAAUAUUAACAUGGCAAGAACGUCGUUUUUGGGAAAAAUUACGUUUUGCAAUGCCAGCUAAUUCUACAGUUGGUAUUAAUCAUACUGGUAAUGUUAACAAUACUACUAGUGGUGGAUUAUCAUCAUCAUUAGGUGUUAUUGGAUCAAUGAGUGGUGCACUUGGAUCAUUAACAUUUGGUAAUAAUAAUAAUACCAUGAUCAGUAAUAUUGGUAGAAAUCAUCAUCAUCAUCAUCAACAUCAUGGACCAGUUGUUGUUGAUAAUUUAAAAGGACGUACAUCGACAGUUGUUGUUACAACAAAUAAUUGUGGUUAUCCAACAUUACAACCAUCAUCAUUAAGUUCAUCAUCAUCAUUGGCAAGAAGUUCAAUUCUUUAUGAUACAACAACAUUGAACAAUCAUCAUCAACAACAACAACAACAAAUCUAUCAACAUCAUUAUCAUUAUGCACAAUUACCAUCAACAACAACAACAAAUCAAUCAGAUCGAUCAACAAUUAAUCAAUCAACAAUGUCAUUACAUAAAUUAGGUAAAAAUAAUAAUAAUACAUUUCAAACAAAACCAUUACCACCGCCACCAAAUCAACCAUUACCGCCAUUGCCAUCAUCAUUGAUUAAUAAUAAUAAUAAUUCUGUUAUACAAAGUCCAUUACUUCAUUCAAAUCAUCAUCAUCAACAACAACAACAACAGGCACCACCUCCAUAUGUAGAAUAUACAAAUCAACAACAACAAAUGAUUAUUGAAUCAAAUCCAGAUUGUACAAAUCAACAACAAACAAUGUUAAAUUUACAUGGUAGACGUCCACAACAAUCAUCUUAUUAUUUAACACAACAACAACAACGUACAAGGGCGCCAUUAUAAUUUUUUUUCCUGUUUUUGUUUUGUUUAAUUUUGUAAAUAUGAAUUUUCAUUUUCUACACACACA